CAAGGUACAUAAACCCGACCUCCCUGCAUUUGACAGCAUCGCUCUCAUUCACCCAUCAUCCCAAGGGGAGCAAUCUCCUCAUCCUUCAUUUUAUUUUCGCUCCGAUUAACCUGAACUUCAGCGAUUUGCUCAUUCAUGCUAUAAGUCAUUAAUCGGAGAGGAAAGCAUCAAUAAAUUCCACCCCAAAAAAAAAAAAAAACCUCAAAUAAAGAUGAGCAGAAAAGUGAUUGUGCCUGCUGUUUCCAUCAUCCUCGUGGUGGGUGUGGCCCUCGCAGUUGUCGGCGUCGUCCACUACAAGAGCAAUAACAGCAACGAUGGUCAGCCACAGACCAACACCCACACAAAGGCCGUUGCAGCCAUAUGCCAAACUUCCGACGACCAGCAGCUCUGCCACAACACGCUCGACCCCGUCAACAGCACCGACCCUAAGGAUUAUAUAAAGGCGGUGGUGGAAUCCGCCAUGAACACCGUCAUACAGUCCUUUAAUCUCACAGACAGGGUUGCCGUAGAGCACGGAAAUGGAACCACGAGAGGCAUCAAGAUGGCCAUCGAGGAUUGCCAGGACUUGUUGCAAUCUGCGAUAGCGGAACUGCAAGCAUCGGGCGUGCUCGUUCAGGACAACAAUGCUCGAAGCGUCACUGACCGGGAAGAUGACCUCAAGAACUGGUUGAGCGCCGUCAUCGCCUACCAGCAAUCCUGUCUCGAUGGGUUUUCGACGGACGACGAUGGCGAGAAGGCGAUUCAGCAACAAUUGCAAACAGGUGGCCUGGACAACGUGGAGAAGCUCACAGGGCUGGCACUGGAUGUUGUGGCGGGCAUUUCCCAGUUUCUCUCCGUCUUGGACUUGGACUUGGACGUGAAACCUGCUUCUCGUCGCCUUCUGAACACGGUGGAUGUGAAUUACGACGGCUAUCCCACCUGGAUGUCCAACAACGAUCGCAAGCUCAUCGAGCUCCCCAACACCGGACAUCCCGUGGAUCAGCCCAACGCAGUAGUUGCCCAGGACGGCAGUGGCCAGUUCAAGACCAUCCAAGAAGCCAUCAACUCUUACCCACCAAAAUUCGAAGGCAGAUUCACCAUUUACGUCAAGGCCGGUACCUAUAAUGAAAUCGUCCACAUUACCAAGAAGACGCCCAACAUUCUCAUCUACGGUGAUGGCCCCGCAAAGACCAUCGUCACCGGCAACAGGAGCUACACCUCCGGCUGGAAAACCAUCAAAACUGCCACCUUCACCACCUUGGCUGACGGCUUCAUUGCCAAGUCGAUGGCAUUCGAGAACACCGCCGGGCCUGAAGGACAUCAAGCAGUUGCACUGAGGGUGAUGGGCGAUCGCUCAGCGUUCUUCGACUGUGCCAUGCACGGUUACCAAGACACCUUGUACGCCCACGCCAAACGUCAAUUCUACCGCAAUUGUGAGAUCUCCGGCACAGUGGACUUCAUCUUCGGAUACGGCAGCACCUUGAUCCAAAACUCCAGGAUCAUUGUCAGGAAGCCCAUGGAUAACCAGCAAAACAUCGUCGUCGCCGACGGCACUGCACAAAAGCAAAUGCGCACGGGAAUUGUCCUCCAGAACUGCCAGAUCAUGGCCGACGCCAGCCUCACCCCCGACAGGUUGACAGUGAAGUCAUACCUGGCCAGACCAUGGAAGGCAUACUCCAGGGCUAUCUUCAUGGAAAGUGAAAUCGGCGACCUCAUCAACGCCGACGGGUUUCUUCCAUGGAUGGGCAACUUGUUCCUGGACACCUGCUUCUUCGCCGAGUACGCGAACACCGGUCCUGGUGCCGCCACAAACAGCAGGGUCAAGUGGAGCCACGGCGUCCUCUCCAAGGCUGAUGCUACUCAAUACACCGCCGAACCUUGGCUUCAGGCGGGCGCCUGGUUGCCCACCACCGGCAUUGCCUUCGACAGUGGUCUCACCAAAGCUUAACUCAUUCAUUUCCCCCACAUCCCCCACAUCAUCGACCAAUUCAUUUUCAUCAUUAUUUCUGCAGGAGGUUUUACCACCAAUUCAUUGCACUGUUGUUACUAUUGCUAUAAUAUUCUGCUCUCCUGCAUUUGUAAUGGAGAGAUGAGUUCAAUAAUAUAUUAUUAUCCUACCUUUUCUUUUUCU